AUGAAUCUCGCACUUUGGAAUGGUUAUGCGCAAAUAGAGAGAUCGUCGAAUAGGAUUUCGGAGGCGCGAAAAGUAUAUGCGGGAGCGCUCGGUCGAUAUCGUUCAUUUCCCGAACAGUUUCGCAGUAAUGCGCCAUUGUUGUAUCAUUCAUAUGCUAAAAUGGAGAUAGAAGAGGGAAGACAUAAAACUGCGAUGAAUAUUCUCGUGAAUUUGGCUGAAGAACAGAGGAUUACUGAUUCAAUAUCCGAGAUUGACGUUCCGGUCACGAGAUUGUUGAGGGCGAGAAAGUCGGGUGAGGACCCCGGAGAAUUGCUACAGAAGACGCUCAACAGAGCUCUAAAACUAUUUCCCAACAAUACCAUGUUUUUAUCUUUGUACUUUCACGAGGAGGUUCGCGGAAGAAUACCCCUUGGAUUUCAAGCGUACUUAAAAGAGUCUUUGCACAAGAAUCCAAGCUAUAUUUUAUGGACUGUCGCGAUCUACGACGAACUGCAUCGUCAACAGCCGUACAAUAUUGACCGCGUAAGAUCCUUGUUCGAUAAAGCCUCGGCAUGUCCCAGUACGAAGAACUCUAUUUCUUUAUGGGCUCUGUAUAUAAAUUUCGAAAUUAAACAUGAUGAACUUCGUCGAGCAAAGACAUUAUAUUACAGGGCCAUAAGGGAAUGCCCCUGGUCAAAAGAUCUUUACUUGAUGGCCUUCCGCGAGUUAAAGUCGCAAUUCAACGCAGAGGAAUUAGACGAAAUCAUGAAUGUGAUGAUAGAAAAGGAAAUCAGGUUGAGAAUAUCAAUUGAAAAAUUUGCAGAUAAUAUCACAUCUGUCAAAGAAUUAUUAGACCCAGACACUGAGGUGAAUGACUCCAUGCUCGUCGACCAAUAA